AUGUUUCCACACUUGCUCAUCUUCUCUCUGCUGGUGGGAAACACAGCGUCAGGCCCAGUGAACAGAGCAAAGCCUGCAGCAUCCAGGAACGUCACCACCUUUUUCCAGCUGGCUCAGGAAGACUCUUGGGACAAUGUUAAUCUCACCAGCAUGUCCUGUGAUGAUUGGAAGAACAAGACCUGGAUCACCCUGCAGCUGACCAACAGCAGCCUGACAGCUUUUCCUGUCUGCCUUCCGGAGGCCCUGGAGACCUUGGAUCUCAGCAACAACCUCUUAGAAGAGGUGAAUGGCACAGAGAUAGCAAGCCUCCAGCGGCUGCGCAUCCUCUCACUGAGGCAGAACCUUCUCCAGGUAGUUAGAUGGGGAUCUGAAGCCCUCAGCAGUCUCCUCUCCCUGGACUUAAGCUUUAAUAAGCUGUUGUCUGUGCCAUCAUGCCACAGCUUUGCCCUGCCUAACUUGAGGUGGUUGUCCCUGGCUGGAAAUCCACUGACUGAAAUCCAGCCGCUGGCAUUUUCCUGUUACCCUCAGCUACAGUUCCUGAACCUCUCUUCAACGCUGCUCGGGCACGAUGACAGCAGAGGAAUUAGGGGCUCUGCUUUUGCCAUCAGCACAUCUCCCAGUGAGGCCAUGAACAGGCCUGGAAACACCAUCAAUGUGCUUGAUCUGAGUGGGACCUUUCUUGAGAAAAUUCAACCAGAGUGGACCAGAGACUUGCCCAACCUCAGAUCACUUCACCUGACAAAGAUGUCACAAUUAAGAAGCCUUGAUACUGACUUCUUCAAGUCCAUGCCUGGUCUCCGAGACCUAAACUGUCAAGACUCCCACUCGCUGGGUUUUGUGAGGACAGAGAUGUUUGACAGUACUCCUCAUCUGAGCCAUCUCUCAUUUGAGAACUGUAACCUGAGUUCCUUUAAUCCUUGGGAUAUCAAUUCGUCAGAUAGCAUCAUCAUCAACUUGUACGGAAAUCCUCUGUUAUGUGACUGCCAGCUCUCCUGGCUGCUCUCCAAGCCCAAGAAAGUUGUGCUGCAAAAGGCUUGGGAGACAUUUUGCAACACAUCUCAGGAAGAUUGGGACAGACCUUCAACAUCUUUUUCAUUGCUAGAGCUCUAUGAUAAAUGCCAAUCUGAGAGAAACGUUACACCUGAUUCAAACACACCCUCUCCUGAACAGGAUGCUUUCAGCCUUACCAGUUACAAUGCCACUACUGUAGUAACAACAGACUCUGCUCCGCUAACCAAAGACACUUAUACCACCUCCCUAAUUCAGAGGAAUGUAAUGAGCACGAUGGCAGCCAACCCAACUGAGCCGAUGUUCACAAAGGACGACAGUUCCUUCCACGAGGAGGCAGCAGUUUCUGAAUCCACGAGCAAUCCCCCUUCCAUCAAGUCUGCAACCACCUCCCCAGGUUUCCUCAAAGAGUUCUAUAAUCAGCCCUUGGAUUAUGGCUCCACAAGUCAAACUGAAACAGAUCAGCUAAAGGGAGAGCUCAGAAUAACUGAUGCAAUGUUUCCCCAGGAAGGCCCAUUCAGCCAGCCCACUAGUGAUUAUUCUACUAGAGGAACAGGAAACCCCGAUGCCACUGACCGUUACAUCCACUCCAUUGCCACUCAUGCUGGGGAAGGUACACCACAAAUGAGCCUACCACAGCUGAACUCCACAAAGACCAAUGCUCGGUCAGAGCCUCCAUCCACCAGACCACUGAUACACUAUGUAGAUGACUACGAUUACAAUGAACAGUCAACAGAAACCCCAGUGCAACUGGCAUACACCCCCUGUGACUACAACCCUUGCAGACACCUUCAGAAGCCAUGCAGUGAACUUCAGAGAGCAUCCCAAUGUUUAUGUCCUGGCAUGUCAAGUGAAGAUGAGGUUCCAGAUGCACCGAGGCUCAGAGAGGUGUCUGAAGUUACAGAUAGCUCUGCGCAGAUACGCUGGUGUGCCCCAAAUUCAGUUGUUCGCACCUAUGAGCUGAUACUUCAUGCCCAAGGCAACGAGGAUAGACAGUUUGUCCUGGACAAUAUUUAUUCCACAGCAAGGCAGUACACUCUAUAUAAUCUAUUACCAUACACCACUUACCACAUUUGCGUGACUGCUUCAAACAAAGCAGGGUCAAGCCACACAGCAAGUCAGGGAAUUCCAGGUAAUUCGUGCACCAGAUUUAAGACAAAACCCAGCUACAAGUUUGUCUUUGCUGCUCUGUCUGCAGCAAGUGGAAUCCUUCUCAUUUCCACAAUUAUUUUGUCUGUAUGUCUGUGUAAGGCAUGUAAAAUGCCUCAGAGUGAGCAAUAUGCUACACACUUAGUCUCUUAUAAGAACCCAGCAUUUGAUUAUCCCUUAAAACUACAAACCACUAAUUAG